AUGGUUAGUUCUAUAGCAUUGAGGUUUAGUGAUAGGGUGAUCUUGAGAGAGAUAGAUGGUGGUCAGAUGGGAAAUCUGAAAUCUGACGGCCGAUUUAGAGCAGAUUUGGGAAAAGUUUCCCGGAAUUAUAACACGCAGUACUGCACUUGUAUACAUCUCGCCAUAAAGACUAGAUGGUGCCCUCUAUCUAUAAAAAGAGCAGGCCCACACCAAGAGCAGCCUCGUACCCACAGAGGACUAGGCCCCUCACAUCAGGACCAUAUACCCCCUAGUGUUAGGUAG